UGCUCAACUACAUGUGGAAUGGGAGCGAUAUGGAGAACAGUACAUUGCAGUACAGGCUCAGACAAUGACUGCAACAGGACCAAGAGGCCAGUUCCAGCUCGAAGGUGCUACAUCCGACCUUGCUCAGCAUGGCGUGUGGGCAACUGGAGCAAAUGCUCCAGGAACUGUGGAGGUGGGGUGAAGAAACGGGAUGUCCACUGCAUUGAUAUCAGGGAGAGAAGACAUCUGAGACCAUUCCACUGCCAGUCCGUCCUCAACAAGCCCCCGACCAGCCUCGCCUGCAAUUCCAAGCCUUGUAUGGACUGGUACAUAUCAGCCUGGGGAGAAUGCUCUAAAGCCUGUGAUGGAGGACGGCAAGAGAGACUAGUCAUGUGCCCAGAACAUGGGCGCUGUGAUGAAAUGUUACGGCUGAACGGUACCAGGAUGUGUAAUGUCCACCCCUGUACCAAGUGGAUGAAGGGCUCUUGGGGACGGUGCACAGUCCGCUGUGGUGGAGGGAUACAGCGCCGUCUGGUGAAGUGUGUAAACACAGUGACAGGAGAGGCUGAGGAAGACAGCAGUCGCUGUGACCAUGAGCCCUGGCCUGAGAACACACAGAAAUGUAAUGUGCAGGAGUGUGACACCAGCAAUCAGA